UCGAACGGGUAGCAGGCGAGGAGACAGUGUUCGUACUAGCUGGCAGCAGGUGCUCUCGCGUGAUGUAGCAGUCAUGCGCAGACUGCCGGCCCGUUAGCGAGUACGUGAAUGAGCAGUUUAAUGAAAAGUUUCAAUUGUUUGUUUCUUUGUAAACAGUUAUAUAAAUCCGUUCAAACAUUAACUUGAUUAGGAAAUUAACGUUAGCAAAUAGCACUAGUGUAUUUGUUGUGCAGCGGUUCGUUCACAGUUAUAAAGGAUUUUAACCUUGAAAAUGCAUUUCAGUUUAUCCCACGAAUGAAUUUCAGUUUCGAUUGAGGUUGAUUCUGCCGUUUUGACGCUGGAAUGCAACAAGGUAAAAUUACUGAUGACAGUUUCGUUACAUUGGUCUAAUGGUUGACCAGAAUUACAAUUUCGUCUUUUGAGAUGAUAAUGGGGAUCCCAGGCAGAAAUCGAAAAUAUCGUGUUUCAAGCUAAAAAUAUUGUUCAACUGUUUUAUAUAAAAUUUUUCAGAUUCCAUUUCAUUAAGGUUUUGCAUCACCGUCUGUUUUUAAACAUACUUCAUAUUUACACUACGAAAAAUCGAUGUUUUAAGUUAAUCACGCGAAUUCAUAUUGACAGUACACUUCAUAGUGGUUAUACCAUGGGUCACAGCUUGCCAAUCUGUGAAAUAUCGUGUACCUAUUUUAUCAUUUGUGUACUUAUAGUCGUACUGGCAGACUAGCUGAGUAGACGUGCGCAAGGAGAGGAUUUAAAAUGUUACGGACAUAUGUGAAAAGUGAAAGGGGGAAAUUGUUCCCUAAGAAUGUUGUAUGUUGAGUAAAAUGUUAAAAGGUAAUAUUUUUACCGGCUUAUAAACACUAUAUCUAGUGAAUAUCUAUUGUUGGAGAACAGUAGUUUCAAAACGUAUUUUUGCGUGUUUUUAGUGUUCUGUGGGUAUAUGAACUUACAUGCUUGAGUAUAUUCAUGAUUCUUCAGAUCAACUAUACACACUAUAAAGGUAUAAUUAGAUGUUUUUAUGAUUUCUGAAAAUCAUCUUACUAGAUUGUUCAGAAAGAAGCUAAGAAAGGGACACAUUACCUAUAUUAGCUGCUUCCAGAUAUAAAUAUAAUUAUUUCCGACAGCAGUUGACAGAUGUUACAGUAUUAUCAAUUUGUGAGUUAUAAUUUCAGAGCACUCUGGGCCCUUCUGGUAUGUAACAUAAAACGAAACAAGCUAUGUGUGUGGAUCUGAAUAUUCCACUAAUUUAAAAUUGAAAUGAUGGUUGAUAACAGCGUAAAAAUUAUGGAUAAUGAAGCGAACAUGAAUUACAGUAAUUCGACCGUUCUAUGGGAUGAUUUCUUCACAACAUCCUCUUACACCACGUUUACAGUUGCAAGUGAGAGUGUUAGUGUUGUAAAUAAUGUCGGUAAUACAAGUGCCGGGAGUGGUGGUAGUGUAUUUGAAAGUGAUCUCAUUAUACCGCUGUACGUGGUUAUAUUUGUGCUCGCCAUCGUUGGAAAUUCAUUGGUCCUCAUCACCCUGGCACAGAACAAAAGGAUGAGGACAGUCACUAAUGUCUACCUGCUUAAUCUGGCCGUAUCAGAUCUUCUGCUGGGAGUGUUCUGCAUGCCAUUUACCCUGAUAGGACAAGUUCUCCGCAACUUCGUGUUUGGAGCCGCCAUGUGCAAGUUGAUUUCCUUCUUUCAAGCGGUAUCUGUCUCGGUGGGAGUGUGGACGUUGGUAGCCAUUUCUCUGGAGCGCUACUUCGCUAUCUGCCGCCCUCUCAAGUCUCGGCGCUGGCAAACUCAGUUUCACGCCUACAAGAUGAUAGUCAUGGUGUGGCUCGCUAGCCUCGUCUGGAACUCCCCGAUCCUGGUUGUGUCCAGGCUGCAGGCCAUAAAGGUGACAGGGAGACACAAGUGUCGGGAAGACUGGCCAUCGAAGUCCAGCGAGCGAGCCUAUAACAUAUUCCUGGACGCCAUGUUGCUUUUGGUACCACUGAUCAUCAUGACACUGGCCUACUCUUUGAUCGUUUCCAAGCUGUGGAAAGGUCUGCAAAGAGAAAUCCGACACAAUUCAUCGUGCCGCAGGCAACUGGAGAGGACCAGCAGCUCCGCCACAGUGAACGAGGUAGUUAUGACUGCCAGUAACAUUAACGGGAACUCGACAACUGGCAACGCUGUGGCAACACCGUUGAGGCAACAUCGUCUCUUUUCUACUCAACCGAAACAGCAACCAAUAUUAUCGCGCCAGGCUACUGCAGCGCCAACAAUAUGUAGCGGCAGGGAUGGGAACCAUCGAAGUGCCAAGUCCGUUAAAUUGUGGCUAUUCAAAGGAAUGGUUCAGGUGCGGAUGCCUACGUCCAGUAACAACACAUCGGUUCGAUAUCCUGGUACUCUGUCGGCAGGCAAAACGGUGACCAUCGCCUCACUGCCCACGACAGCAAACACAGGAACGUACGGCACAGCUCCCGAAAAUUCCAGGCUUUUAGGUUCCAGCAACGGAAAUGGGGCCGCUUGCAGAGAUGAAAGGGACCUCAGAGUAGCUGGUGGAACAGUGGAGAGCCAAGACUUCAAUACACCGCCCGGGGAGUCCCCCAACAAUUACACUUUCACUCGGCACGCCAUUCGUUCCAAUUACAUGGACAAGAGCAUUGAUGCCAAAAAGAAGGUUAUCCGGAUGUUGUUUGUGGUUGUGGCAGAAUUCUUUGUGUGCUGGGCACCUUUACAUGUGCUCAACACGUGGUACACCUUCAACCCUGAAGCCGUGUACCGCACAGUUGGUAGCACUGGGGUGUCUCUCGUUCAGCUUCUUGCCUACAUCAGCUCCUGUUGCAACCCUAUCACUUACUGCUUCAUGAACAGAAAAUUUCGACAAGCGUUCCUUAGAGUUUUCGACUGUUACAGGUGCUGGAGCAUGCAUUGCUGCUGCUGUUGCUGUUGCAGCGAUGUUGGGCCGCUACGGGCUUCGCGUCUUGGAGGUCUCCAGAGAGAUGGGGUAGUGCUUGGAGGCCUGGGCGCCAACAACUCAGAUGUGUCCGGCAACGACUCCACAGUGUUCGUAGGCAGAGCCUGCAUGGGGGCCAGAUCAGCUUGGUUCCAGAAGUGGUGGAGCUGGAAGCGGAGGAUCGUGUUUAGCAGCGUAGGGGUCGGGGAGGAACGUCUGCAUGCAGCUGGUGGAGCUAUUGUUCAUACCCCGCCAGCUGGACACAAUGGUUCAUUCCGCUACCGCAUUACAUGGCGGCGCUCCAGUCACCAACCGACUCGACAUUUUGUCUCAAAUUCCGGUAGCCAUUUUGACAGCAGCGGUAGCUGCAGUUGUACCACGUGUCCACCAAGCUCCAGUUCCAGCGAUCUCUACUCAUAAAGAACCCGACCCCUCAAGACAAAUCAAG